CAAAUCACGUUUCGCCUCUCGUCCGCGUCCUUAAAAAAUUAAGUUCGGAAUAUCAUUUUUUCUUACUCUCCUCCCCCGUCCCACCACCAAUCGUUCGCCCGGCGUUCGUGCCGUCUGUGCGUUUCGUUACCGAGGGGAAAAUUCAAAAACAACCGACGGCGGCGGCGGGCGCGCGAUAAUUCCGACUUUUCGGAGUACACACAUGUACGAUGUUUUCGGCCGCGAAACGUGUUCUCCGUCACCCGCCCGGCGACACGCCGCCGGCGCCAUGCCGAUGAUGACCGUUGGCGCGCGCGGCAUCACCGCCACCGCUACGACGAGCGUUGUUACUGCUCCACUACCGUGCCUACUCUAGCAACGACAACACGCUACGCUCAGCUGAUUCUCAUGUGCUCGCACGCCACUAUCCACACGUAAUCAUGGAAAUGCAGAUCAGUAACGCGUCCGAGUUCCCGCUGUACCACUCGAUGGCCGCGGGACCCCACUCGUUCCAACUGCCGGGCGCCAUACCGCCCGUCAGCACCAUUCCGUCGUAUAAGAACACCAUGUUCCCGGACCGAUUGGGCUUCUACUACGACUCCGCGGGCGUCACGCACACAAUGCCCACGGAACGGUGCGACCGAUGUUACGUUGAACUGCCGGCAAUCGGUGCCGGCCACCAAUUCGGCAAGAAGCUGUGCGGCAUGUGCGCGGCCAAGGAACAGCAAGUGUCGCCCAAGGUGGAGACCGAGAUACUGGACCUGGACUCGCAACAAGUCAUGUCGCAACAGCAACAGCAGCAGCAGCAACAACAGCAGCAGGACUCCAAGGCGUUCUUGCAGCAGCAGCAGCAGCAAGACUCCAAGGCGUUCUUACAGCAGCAGCAGGACUCCAAGGCGUUCUUGCAGCAGCAACAGGACUCCAAGGCGUUUCUGCAGCACGGCGGCGGUGUCGUCGUGCCGCCCGGCUACGACCGGCCGCCCCCACCGCCACCACCGCCAACGGUCGAGUGGCCCGGCUACUUUCAGCCGCAGCAGAACACGCUGUCCGGCGAGCACCUGUCGCCUGACUACAACAAUGUGACGACCACCACGACCACACCACCAACCAUGAUGGGUGGGUCGCCGCCGUCCGACAUGCAACAGCAACAGCAGUACCAGGCCAACUUUGACGGCGGCGGUGGUGGUGGUGGAGGCGGCGGUGGUUACGCGGUCAAUUCGAACCAACAGUCCGGCGGCGGUGGCGGAUCGGCGACUAAGGGCAAUGGGUCGUGGAAGUCCAACGAGGCGCGGCGCGCAAAGACGUACGAGUGUCCGGCUUGCGACAAAUGGUUCACCAGUUCGGGUCAUCUGAAACGGCACUAUGGCACGCAGCUGCACAAGAACGCGGUGAAGCAAAGUGGCAAGCCUGACCCCGCGCUGUUGCCGAUGAAGCAUCACUAUCACCCGUACCGGGACCCCGCGUACGUCGCCCAACAGAAGCUCAAGCAGCAGCAGCAGAACGGCUCGUCUUUGCACAAACAACAGUCGUCCAUGAUGAUGUCAGCAGACUUCCGCCCCGUCACGUCCACGUCAUCGUUCAACACCGAUUCUUUUUUAGAGCUGACUCCCCCAAACCUGACAGCAAGCCUCUCGGACAGUUUGGGGGGAACCCAAUUCCUACCGGCCCGUCGGCCGGUCAGCAACAGCAGCAGCAGCAACAGCAACAGCAGUACGGCAGGUUUCACGGACGAGAUCCAAAUUUCUUCGUACCCCAGCAACAGCAGCAGCCGCAACAACAACAGCUACCCGGUGGACCCAAUGGUGGACCCUACGGCCCGCCCCCACCUGGCCACAUCGUACCACGACCACCACCGAUCGUCGAUGGCGGAUCAACAAGCGCGUUCGGCAUACCGGCACCCCCAGAUCACGGGUACCAUCCAGCCCUACACCACCCAGGUUUCUAUGAUCCAUCAAAUUACCAACACGGAUUCGUACAUCACUAUGCCCGAUAAUAACGGUGUCGGCGGCUAUCACUACGAUCAUCAUCUCCAUCAGUAUCAUCCUCACAACAUUAUCAGUGAUCACCAUCAGCAACAGCAGCAGCAGCACAACGUUGACUAUCAGCCGUCGUCAACGUCGUCCACGUCGUCGUAUCUGCAGCAGCAGCAGCAGCAACAGCAACAACAACAACAACAGCAGCAGCAGCAGCAGCAGCAACAACAACUUCACCACCAUCAACAACAACAUCGUCAACAGCAACACCAGCCGUUCCAGAGAUUGUCCACGCUCAUUAAACAGGAACCAAACGAUUUGGCCGAAUUCAGCGCGGACGAUACUUCGAUGGCCAGCCCGGACUCAAGCAUCGAUCACCACAACAAUCAGCAUUACAGAGGCUUGUUGGUGGUGGCGCCUUUAUCUUCUCCGCCGCCUCUGCAGCCUCCACAGCCGCAACCCCAUCAGCAUCAUCACAAUCAGCAUCAGCACCAUCAACAUCAUCAACACCAGCUGCAGACCGCAGUCGACGACGACGCGGUGGUCAGCGACAGCGGCGGUUCCGUCGACCUGGACUUCGGGUGCGGUGGCUCGGCGGAACUGUCGUCGUCGUCAUCACCCUCGCAGCACGCGGCCAAGAAGUUCCGGAAGGCCACGCGUGUCACGUGCGUGCUGUGCAACAAGGACUUCACGGACAAGUGUUACAAGACGCAGCACGACCAGCGGUUUCACAGUGGCGAGAAACCGUACCGGUGCGGCGUGUGCGGCAAGCGGUUCGGCGAACACAAGCAGUUGCAGGUGCACGAGCUUCGGCACAAUGACAGCAACAAAGCGUUCCCGUGCACCAUGUGCACGAAGAGUUUCAACUUCAAAAACGACCUGGACCGGCAUUUCAUGUCCAGCCACUCGGCCGAGAAACCGUACCAGUGCGUGCAAUGUAAGAAGAAGUUCGUGCGGCUGGACCACAAGCGGCACCACGAGAAGACGCACGGCGGUGCCGUGGAGAAGACGAAAAAGAAAAAGAAAGCCGUGGCCGAGCUAGCGCAGUCCACCGGCGGCCACUUCGAAGACCAGUCCUAAAACGCGUAAAUAUAUACAUGAUCCCGGUGUUUCCGUAAUACUCUCUCUUGUUUACAGAUCUAAACGUUUUUAACCGAUUUUUUUUUUUUUUAAAUUAAAUUUAUGUAUUAUGUUUCCACCCCUUCCAAUCAUUCUCCCCCCCCCUGUAAAUGUUAGACAAGGCAUCUAAUUUAAUAUUUAACGCGCGAUUAGUCGUCUCGGAGUGGUGGUUCCGCUCCACAGACCAAAAUGCAUAUAUUGACAGUUUCAGGAUAAAUUAUAUUAUUUUUAUUUUCGACUGAUUUUUUUUUUCGCGGCAUCACGCGCGACCGGCGAAAAUUUAAAAUUAUCUUCGUAAUUUCGUACGUUCGGGAUUUAGAUUUGACUUACAUUUUGUUCGGAACAUGUUGACAAAUACAAUUCACGCCAGUAUCUGACGCGCCUGGUUCAAUUACCACGCACGAGAGCGUUGAAACAUUUUCAAUGUCUGCCGGCAUUAAAACUUUAUGUUGUACAUUACAUUAAUAAUAAUCCUAAUUUCAGGGGCAUUAAAAUAUUGUUAAGCGUUUUUGUUUUUAUAUUUUGCGACUCGCACUCCUCCGUUCCCUGUUAAAAAAAACCCCCAUUCCUAUUGUUGCGUCGUUUGUUGAUGGCUCAAUCUAUCUAUAUUAUAUAAUUAUAUACAUUAUAUUCUUUAAGAGAAUUAUUAUUUAAUACAUUUUUCGUCCCUGUUUUGUUGAUAUAUUUUUUUUUUAAUUUGGGUACCAAUAUUGCAUUAGUUAAAACAACAUAUCCCUAUGUUACAUAUCACACGACGACGCUCUAGAAUUAUUCUAUUACUUAUGACAUUCAUUUGUUUCGUACCUGCUAUUACUAUAUAAUAAUAGUGUAAUAUUAUAUCGAA